UCAGUUCAAGUAAAGGAUCAGUUUCAGGAUUCAAGCUGAGUUGUCUUGAUGAUUCGAAUUCAGGCUCCAAAGAGAAGCCCCAAGGCCAAGGUUAUCAAAUAUAACAGAAAGUGGGAGCCGCACCUGACCUCUAGAGAAUGUGGACCGGAUCUAUGCUCUUAAUCCUUGCUUAUCUUACCACAGGAGUUUGGAUGAAGAGGCAGUCUUUAUCUCAUAGAGAAGUGGACCCAAGAGCUGAUUUCACUAGGAAUCACACCAUUUUGGAAGGGACUCGAUUUAAAAGAGCCAUUUUCCGAGGGCAAUACUGUAGAAGUUUUGGUUGUUGUGAAGACAGAGAUGACAGCUGUGUCACUCCGUUCUAUGAGGCAAAUGCAGUGUGUUACUGUGAUAAAUUCUGUGAAAGGGAAAAUUCUGAUUGCUGUCCUGAUUACCAGUCAUUCUGCCGUGAAGAGAAAGAAUGGCGUCCUCAUACGAAGCCUUGGUAUCCAGAAGGUUGCCACAGAGAUGGUCAACAUUAUGAAGAAGGAUCAGUAAUUAAAGAAAACUGCAAUUCCUGCACAUGCUCAGGACAGCAAUGGAAUUGUUCCCAGCACGUAUGCCUUGUUCAACCAGGAUUAAUUGAACACGUCAAUGAAGGAGAUUUUGGAUGGACAGCCCAGAACUACAGCCAGUUCUGGGGAAUGACCCUAGAGGAGGGUUUCAAAUAUCGCCUUGGUACCUUGCCACCUAGCCCCCUGCUUCUGAGUAUGAAUGAAGUGACAGCUUCUUUACCUGAAACAACUGAUCUUCCAGAGUUCUUUGUAGCUUCUUAUAAGUGGCCUGGAUGGACCCAUGGCCCACUGGAUCAAAAAAAUUGUGCUGCAUCCUGGGCUUUUUCCACUGCAAGUGUGGCGGCUGAUCGCAUAGCAAUUCAGUCCGAAGGUCGAUACACAGCCAACCUAUCCCCUCAGAAUUUGAUCUCCUGCUGUGCCAAGAACCGUCAUGGAUGCAACAGUGGAAGCAUUGAUAGGGCUUGGUGGUACCUGAGAAAACGUGGGUUGGUAUCCCAUGCAUGUUAUCCACUUUUCAAGGACCAAAAUGCUACCAAUAACGGCUGCGCCAUGGCAAGUCGGUCUGAUGGGCGGGGAAAACGGCAUGCCACGAAGCCCUGUCCCAACAACUUCGAGAAAUCCAACAGGAUCUAUCAAUGUUCCCCUCCAUACAGAGUCUCUUCCAAUGAAACUGAGAUAAUGAGAGAAAUCAUGCAAAAUGGACCAGUUCAAGCCAUAAUGCAAGUCCAUGAAGAUUUCUUCCAUUACAAGACAGGGAUAUAUAGACAUGUUACCAGCACAAAUGAAGAAUCAGACAAAUAUCGAAAGCUUCGGACACAUGCAGUCAAACUCACUGGAUGGGGCACACUGAAAGGAGCACAGGGGCGGAAGGAAAAGUUUUGGAUUGCUGCCAAUUCCUGGGGCAAGUCAUGGGGAGAGAACGGCUAUUUCAGGAUUCUUCGAGGAGUAAAUGAAUCUGACAUUGAAAAGUUGAUUAUCGCAGCUUGGGGCCAACUGACAAAUUCAGAUGAACCAUAACAUAUCAUUAAAUUUCCAUAAGGCUAUGCAUUCAAGUAACCCUUUAAAUUGAAGUUAAGCAAUGUGAGGUUCUCUGUGACAGCAGAAUCUCUGCCUCUUCACCUUGUUAUUAUAACAUGCUUGUUUUCUUGUUUCACCCCAGGCUUUUUGCUCCUGCUUCCUUUAUAUGUAGACACUAACAGAGGGCAGCAAGUGGCUAACUCCCUUUCAAGUCCCCUGCUAGUCUUUAUUUCCCUCUCAGGACAAUGUUCUUUUUGACUUUGAUAUUUCAUAAACUGUGUGAUGGCACUUGUUUUCAAAGUGCACAGCAUUUGUCUGCAGAGAUGAUCUGUUUUCUGACUUUACCAAUGAGGACCCCCAAAAGCAAUGAAAACAUCAAUUUACCAUUACGAGUUUUUUCCCACCAAAUAAUGCUUUCUUAAUCUAGACUUUGCUUACAUUUUGACAAAAAAAAA